AUGGACAGCGAUGAUCCGAGGAUACCACUUCUAGGUCACCGGCGUGGGAACCGGUUGCGACGCGUCGCCGGGAAACUGUGCAACUUGGAGUCAUGGAAGAGACGGCUUCCGAUCACAAUCUGGCUGCCCAAUUACAGCUUGGAAUGCUUAUUUCGGGAUGCCAUCGCUGGUAUAACCGUCGGCCUCACUUCCAUACCGCAAGGAAUAGCUUACGCCAUGGUCGCUGGCUUACCGCCACAGGUGGGUCUAUAUUCCAGUAUAUUCCCGGGCUUCGUGUACGUGUUCCUCGGCAGCUGUAAAGAUGUGACGGUCGGUCCCACGGCCAUAUUAGCGGCGCUGCUAGCCAAGUACGUGGCCUACUCACAAGACUUCGCUUAUCUCGCGUCUUUCCUUUCCGGAUGUAUUAUACUGUUGCUUGGUGUUUUGCAGUUAGGAUUCUUGCUUGACUUCAUCUCGAAGCCAGUCAUAAGCGGGUUCACGACGGCAGCCGCCUUGCAGAUCUCGGCCUCUCAACUAAAGUCCCUAUUUUGUAUAGCAGGUUCAUCGGGAGACACGUUCAUUCAUGCCCUAGUCAACUUCUUCAAGAACAUAAAAACGGCUCAACUUUGGGACAGCGUCUUAGGAGCAUCUUCUAUUGUCUUUCUUUUGUUAUUAAAGCGGCUGACUUUGGGCAAUUCUUUAGAAAAAGUGUGCCAGUACGUGGUCCGUGCCAGAAACGCACUCUUGGUGUUCGCAGCAUCGAUCCUCGCUUACUUUUUGCACAGGCAUGGCUCCACGCCAUUUACAUUGACCGGUAAAAUUGAAGGCGGGCUGCCGCAUUUUGGGCUUCCGCCAUUCAGCACGGUCGUUAACAACCAAACGCUCAGUUUCACGGACAUGGUCGCAGUGUUCGGACCUGAAGGACUUGUGAUACCUCUAGUCGCUAUCUUAGAGAGCAUCGCAAUAGCUAAAGCUUUCGAAGGCGGCGCGGUGGACGCGGGGCAGGAGCUGGUGGCGCUGGGCGCGUGCGGCGUGCUGGGCGCGGCGGCGCGCUGCAUGCCGGCCACCGGCUCCUUCACGCGCACCGCACUCAACCACGCCUGCGGAGUGCUCACUCCCGCUGGCUCCUUCUUCAAAGCGUGCCUUGUGCUUCUGGCGGUGACGUUGCUAGCUGAUGCGUUUUACUUCAUCCCACGUGCGGCUCUAGCUGGUAUUAUAAUGGUCGCAAUGAUGUCUAUCAUCGACUUCUCCAUCGUUAGGAUCCUGUGGAUGAACAGCAAGUGCGAGCUGGGUGUGUGGGCAGCCACGGUGUGCGUGGGCGCGUGCGCGGGGCUGGAGCUGGGCAUCGCGGCGGGCGCGGGCGCGGACCUGCUGCGUGCGCUCGCCCGCGCCGCGCGCCCCCUACUGCGAGCUAGCACGCACGUGAGCAUAAAUAACACGACGGUGCGGGUGGUGCUGCCGGCGCGGCUGCAGUGGUGCGGCGGCGCGCGCGCGGCCCGGCGCCUGCGCGCGCUGGCCGCCUCCGCGCCGCUGCUGCUGCUCGACGCCACACACUUACACCAUAUCGACCUCAACGUCGCCGAGGAGAUAAUUUCUGUGAUAUUAGAUUUAGAGAAGCAAGGUCACAAGAUCAUUCUUUGGAAUUUCAACGCGAAGCAUCAACAGCUCUUCGAACAAUUGAAUCCAACCAUGAGGGAGAGAUUUUACACCGGGAUCAGUAUAGAACAAGAAGUCUUAGGUAUGGAGCCUACAGGGCAGGCAAUUAUACCUGAAACCAUAUCUACUAAUCUUUAA